GACCCGGAGCAUGACACGCAGGCGCGUCUCACUUUGCGUGGCGCUUGCGAGAGGUUGACACCGCAGCAGUGGUACAACCAAAAGUUCACCAGCGCUAGUGCCUUCUGGGCUAACAAGGGUAAGAGGGUCAAGAAGGAGUACUAUGUUGGUAACCAGCCUACGGAUGAAUGGGCAAUGACCAUUGAGGAGUACAUGUCGGUUUGUCCCGAGUGGGCCGAGCAGCAUAGGGAGGCAUGGGAGGAGCUGAUUAGGGCGAGGUGGCUCAGGGAGGAUGAGGAGUUUGCAGCCGUGUCGAGGCGGAACAUGGAGAACCGAGGCACCGGUGGCACACACUGCGCGGGAAACCGCGACUACACCCGCUACAAGGGGAAAAUGGUGGCCGAGGCAGCACCUGGGGUGGUGCUUCAUGAUGCCCAGAUAUAUGACAUGAUGCGGACGAAGAAGAAGCCCAAUCCCGCAUUGCCUCAGCCACAGUACUACGGCAAUGCCAAGGCCGCCAAGGAGGACUACUGCGACAUGGUCAAGUCUCGUCACCCCGAGGUGGAUGACCCCUUGAGCAUUCCGGUCGACGAGGAGUCGUUGGUCCUGUCGGCGCGCGGGCGUCCGCAUGGCCGUUACCCCUUUCUCGAAUAA